UCGAAAGGAGGAAACAUUGAGGAAAUAGACGGGUACAACGACAGACCUUUUACUUAAAACAAUUUGCACAACCCUUCGCUCAAAAUGUCGAAAUCGUCUGUACUAAAAAUAAAAAGCGUCAACACAGUGAAGGUGGAGAACUUCCGCCAGUCUCUUUAUCAACAGGCAGAUUAUCUGUUUUCCAACUACAUCCCGUUGAAGAUCUCUCAGCUGGACAACCUGCUGAAGGAGGAUGAUCUCAACAUCCCAGACCUGUCCACUCUCCAAGCCCCUCUGGACAUCCCCAUACCAGACCCCCCCACUGCAGAGGAUGAGGAAAUGGAGACUGACAAGAAUGAUGAUGAUGAUAAGAAGAAGAAGAAGAAAGCUCCAAGCUGUGGCUUCAUCAAAGGGAAUGAGAAGAUUGUGAAGCUGCUGGACAGAGUGAAACCAGAGAUCCUAGCACUGAGGGAGUCUGUCAUUACAGUGUCCUGCUGGAUUCAGCAUCUCAUCCCCCAAAUAGAGGAUGGGAAUGACUUUGGCGUUGCAAUCCAGGAGAAAAUCUUGGAAAGAAUCGCAGCAGUGAAGACAAAAGUGGACGGCUUCCACACCAACAUUAACAAGUAUUUUUCCGAGAGGGGUGAUGCGGUGGCUAAAGCCUCCAAGUUAACGCAUGUGAUGGACUACCGCGCUCUGGUCCAUGAGAAGGAUGAGGCUGUCUACUCUGAGAUCAGAGUCAUCCUCCUGGACAUCCGUGGCUUCUAUGCGGAACUGUACGACAUCAUCAGCAAGAACCUGGAAAAAGUUACCAAUCCGAAAGGAGAAGAGAAGCCCUCAAUGUACUGAGAUGCAUGAAAGGAGGAGGAAGUAGCCUGGUCUCAGAUCUCGUUGUACUGUUUCCUACUCCAUUGCUGACAAGGAUUUGGCAUGUUAGCACAGACUGGUACCCAGGUGAGGAAGAGGAAUGAGAGAGAGAAUAGUGGGGUUGAAUUAUUUUCUACAUUUUAGUCA